CUUGCUCCUGUAAUUGUUUCGUAUGUUUGGAUCACCACAGUCACGAGACUAGCGUGACAUCACAAGUCAUUGAGCCGGAUUGGAACAAGCAAGUGUCUCAGUGUUGCACAAUAUCACUGACCAUGAACAAGAAGAAGCUGCCUGAGCGGAUCCUGAAUCACAUCCUGGAGAUUCUCUACCUGCUGACGGGAGAGCGUUUGUCUUACACGCUGAUAACACCCAACAUGACCAAGGACAAGACGACUGAGAUGAUACUGAAUCACACCCUGGAGAUCAUGUGCCUGCUGACAGGGGAGGUGCCUAUAAAGUAUGAUGAUGUUGCCGUGUAUUUCUCUAUGGAGGAGUGGGAUUAUAUAGAGGGACACAAGGAGCUUUACAAGGACGUCAUAAUGGAGACUCACCAAGCACUAAGGACUAUGGAGAUCCCAGGAAACGAGAGCGCAGGUGACGUAUUAAAUGCUAAACCUACAGAAUACCUGUGUAUUGGGAGUCAGCUGGAACCUCCGGAGCAGGAAAUCUGUGUCCCUAUAAAUAAAGGUGACGUCCUGUUUAAUGCUGAACAGAUCGACAUUCUGCGUGAAGAGAAUCAUCUGGAAACCCUCGAACAGGAAAUCAGUGACAAUAGCCCAGUUAACUAUGACAUAAUAAAAGUGGAGGAAAUAGAUCUGUGUAUAGUAAACCCUAUUGAAAGUGAUGAAGAUACCGACUUUGAAAACCAGGAGGAUACAGACACAACAGAUCUAUCUUUGAGUUGGGAUAUUCCUAGUCAAGGUCAAAGUGUAGACGCUUCCUUCAGUCCUUUCAAAGAUCAACCAAGUUACGUGGGAAAUAAAUUAUAUCCAUGUUCUGUAUGUGGUAAACGCUUUUCCCAAAAAUCGCAUCUUGUUGCUCAUCAGAAAAUUCACACAGGAGAAAGAGAAUUUACCUGCCCUAUAUGUGGGAAAUGUUUUAUCCGGCAAUCAAAUCUUAUUUCUCAUCAAAAAAUACAUAUAGGGGAGAAAGAAUUUUCAUGUUCUGAUUGUGGAAAAAGUUUUAAAUGGAAAUCGAAUCUUAUUACUCAUCAGAAACUUCAUACCGGAGUGAAAUCUUUCUUGUGUCUUCAGUGUGGGAAAUGUUUUACCCAACAAUCAGGUUUAAUAAGACACCAGAAAAUUCAUACAGGAGAGAAAGCAUUUUCAUGCUCUGAAUGUGGGAAAUGUUUUAACCGGAAAUCACAUCUUAUUGCACAUCAGAAAAGUCAUACUGGAGAAAAAGAAUUUGUAUGUGAUGAAUGUGGGAAAUGUUUUACCCAGCAAUCAAGUCUUAUAAGACACCGGAAUAUUCAUAAAGACGAGAAAGCGUUUUCAUGUUCUGAAUGUGAUAAAUGUUUUGACCGUAAAUCAAGUCUUAUUUCUCAUCAAAAAAAUCAUACAGGAGAGGAAACAUUACCGUGUUCUAAAUUAGGGUAAUGUGUUUUUUUAUGAUGAAAAAUAAGAAUUGGCUUACUGCUACAACAGCAUAUAGAACUAAGUACACAUCAGAGGACACAACAAAACAGAAGUGGAUACUUUAAAGAAACACUAAAGUCAAAACUAAACGUUUAUGAUUCAGAUAGAGCACACAAAUUUAAACAACUUUCCAAUUAAUUUCCAUUAUUUAAAUAUGCACAUUUUUUUAUUUGCACACUUUUUGAGGCACCAUCUCCUACUGAGCAUGUGCAAGAAAUUACAGAAUAUAUGUAUAUGCAUUAUUUGAUUGGCUAGGGACUGUCACAUGAUGCAGUAGGAGGGAAAAAUAUAGCUGACUUUAAAAUUUGUCAGAAAGAAAUCUACUACUCAUUUGAAAUUCAAACUAAGUGACUUUGCAUUGCCUUUUUAUUAUGCAUUUACUGAUUAUACAAUUCCGCUGUGUUUAGUGGUCCUUUAAUAGAUGCUAAGCUCGUUGAGUAUUCUUCCUCUUUGUCUAAGGGGAAUAAAACUAGAAUUUGUAAAUGCUUUACAGCUACAAAUAAAGUAUUUAUUGUUUUUUAAAUUAUGUUUGUAGAUAGAGACUUUGAGGCCGAUUUAUCAAUGUCUGUCUGACAUAAUACGAUGUAGCGUAUCAUGUUCGACAGACAUCGCUGAAUGGUGAACUGCUUGUGCAAUGCCGCCUCUGCAGAUUCGCUGCCAAUUGGCCGCUAGCAGGGGUCGCAGCCUCAGAGGCAGUGGACCAGUUAAGGUGCAGCAGUCUUAAGAAGGCUCGCGCUGCAUCAGGGGGGCCAUUCCGCCCUUGAUAAAUCGGCCCCAUAGAGUAAUCUAUGCAUAAUUAAACAUUUUAUAAUUGAAUAACUAUCCUUAUUUAUUUUGCCCCCUUCCUUUUAGUUAACUGUAAGUUUUGCCAUUUUUAAGAUAUGAAAUGCACAUUACAGACUUCUUAAGUCUAACUCUGCUACAUAUCUGACCCUAAUUGGUCCCAGCAGCUGUAAAAAGAACUACAAAUCAGUAUAUAUUUUGCAAACAAAAAUAUACAUAUCCUGAUUGGCUACUCCUAAUAAGGAAAUGUUAGGUGGAGUUAAGCUUUGGAUAAACAAUUGCAGCAAAUAAAGUUAUUGUGCUAAAAGAAAUUACACACUACUAGAAUGUUAAUUUAUUGCAAUACAGCAGAAAAUUACUGUAAUCACAAUGUGUUUACUAAACACUUAAUAAAUACUAGAUAGAAUGAUGCAGCCAGAAAAAACCCGAUCAAUUGGAGAAUAACAUGUAGAUAUAUUUUUUUCAACGUUUCAUUAGUUGUUAAAUGUUGACAAAAUAAGUGUAAAGUUUUAGUGUCUAUAAAACAAUGGGAGCUGCCAUGUUGUAACAUUUAUAAAUAGGUCACUAGAGUGUGCAGCCAAUAGCUGUGUGUAAUAUAACAGUGUUCUGCACUUCCAUUUCUAACAGGAACUGAAAAGCUCACAAUGUCAGAAUGGAAUUACAUGAAAAGGGGACAAAACAAAUAAAGUAUAUUUUGUGUGUGUGUGUAUAUAUAUAUAUAUAUAUAUAUAUAUAUAUACACACACACACACAAUUUAUCAUGUUAUAUUACCAUCUCAAAGUGUUUAAUGCUCCUUUUAAUACUAUAUAUAACUUUUAUUUCAGCUCAGUGAUUGUACCAAUCUCUAGUAGCAUGGAAUAGGACUUUUGGCUGAUCAACAUUUUAAAAGGGGAACUCUCCGUUGUUCAAUGUCAAUCAUUUAAUGUGUUAACGAUUUUUGGGGUCACCCAUGUCCUCAGACUCACUCACAGUACAAUAUUUACUUGUAUAUAUAAGUUCCCCAUCACUGUGCAUCCUGCGAGCUCCACAGCGUCAUCAAUGCACAACUGCGCAUGCGCAUAAGUGUGGAGCGUUCGAGCAUUCAUACCUAAAAAGUCAAAACCAAACCAACUCUCUAAAAAAGCCUGGCAGACUAGAGUAAUUUAGUUGCAGUGUAUCCGUAACAUAUUUAACGCCUAUAACUGCAGUUCACGCUAUACUAAUACUACAAGUUUACUGAAAAGGGACCAAAAUCUCAAAUGUUUACCUAAUCUCCUGAACCAUACAGAGUGCGCUCACUAGUAUUCCUUUAAGUUCACAUUACAUAAGUUCAUUCACUGAACCCUUUCAACAGCCGCCAUAGUUCACAACCCUUACACUAAACCUCAUACCAAAUUUUAUCUUCUUAAAUUCUACACUGUCCCAAUAUGGACUAACUUCCUAAGACAAUACCAGCCCCCUUCACAUUACUCAACUAAUUCAUAGAAAACAAUGAAAAUCCAACUGCAUAUUCAGCCCCUUUUGGGCUCAAAGUAUCCAAAUUAUAAAUUGAUUUGGAUUCCCUCUGCAAUAGAAGCUUCCCCCUCUAGGAAGGGGGCAUGGUCAAUAAUGAUAUAUCUCAAAUCAGCUACUGUAUGAUGGUGUUGGGCAAAAUGUCUAGCCACCGGCUGCUCCGAGCCGCCUGCUUUGAUGGCAGCCUGGAUAGCUGAUUGGUGGUUAGCCAUUCUGGUUUGUAGAUCAUCCUGGGUCUUACCCACACAAAAUUUUCCACAUGGACAGUGUAACAUAUAAAUUAUGUACCUGGUGGUGCAUGUGACCCUUUAUCUGAUCUCAUAUCUCUUGUUCUUCCACAGAUGUGAUGGGGAACUUAUAUGUGUAAGUAAAUAUUGUACUGUGAGUGUGUCUUGAAUAAUGAAGAGUGCCUUCUUUAUACAGUUUUAUUAUUCAUUUUUUGAAGCGCACCCCACCGGUUAAUGAGGGAAAGUGAGUGCUGGAUCCAAGAGGUGUAUAUAUAUAUAUAUAUAUAUAUAUAUAUAUAUAUAUAUAUAUAUAAAUGUAAUUUGAUGCAAUGUUAUUGUAGGUCAGAAAAAUAUUAUAGUAUGUCUCCCAUGUUGUAUAUUGGACCAUGGUGUUAUUGUAUUACUUGAUUUUUGCAAAACCUUGCAAUUAAAAAGGUAAAAAAAUAUUUUUAUUUUUUA